AUGGACCUCUUCAACGCUCGUUUUACCAUACAAGCGGCCUACGGUAUCCCAUCCGUCAUACUGUAUUUCAUUACUGUAGUCUUUCUGUUCAAAAAUUGGAAGCAGUUCGACACUUACUUCUUCCGGCUUUAUAUCGCUCAGUUUAUAACUGUGAGUUAUCUUUGAAGCUAUAACAUGAGCAAUAUGGGGUACUAUGAGCAAUAAACAUCCUUGAAAGGUGCCGUAAAUAGUAAAAGGACAAUUAUAUCACUAAAAGAAGUUUUUCAAUGGCCUAAAAGGAGAGCUAGAACCUUUAAGAUGAGAAGAAGUGAGCUAACAUGAGCAAUAAACUAUUUUUUAAACAUUUUAGAACAUUUGGACGUACGGCAACUCCUUCAUAACACUCCGUCUACCCCAGAAUACCUGCCAGAAUUGUUAUUUAUCCGAAUUUUUCCUUUCCCAUUCCAAAAAUCAAACCGAAGACGUCAUCCUGCCCUUGGACGUCUUCUACACGCUUCACUUCCAAUUCGCAUUUAUACAAUAUUCGAUUAUUACCAUAAACUGCGUGAAUCGCUUCACGAUGAUCUUCUUUCCAUCGGAAUAUCAGAAGGUACGGUAGGUUACUGUAGAGGUUACUGUAGGAAUUAGAAAAUUGUUUAUUAAAGUUAUCUGUCCCCUAUCUUUUUUCAAUUUUUCGUAUUAGGUUACGAUGGAAAACAUAAUACUGUAAUUUUUCUAAAGUAGCCGUCCGAAAAAGUUUUUCAACCGACCUGAUCCGGUUUGUCGCCGUUCCCUAAGCUUCUUCUUCUCUUUGAGACGCUCUAGGUUACGGUAAAGGAUUGAUUACUGUAGAUUUUUAAGACCGGAAGGCCAACUUCCAAAAAAAAAGGUAAGAGAGAAAAGCCCGAGUUAUAAAAAUUUUUGCGCCCGACCUGUUCCGACUUGACACCAAAGAUCACAUGACGUCAUUCAGAUCUGGCAGCUUGCAACGUGGCCAGCUCUAUUCUUGUCGAUUUUUCCUUGGUUCUACCUGACCGAAGAAAUUUUAUUCAGCAAGUGCUAUUAUGAAUAUGUGCCGACAAUGGAUUGUUAUGCGACUAAAACGUCUUAUGUUAGUUUUAAGAAUUCAAAAAUUAAUCGAUAAAAGGUCUAGGAAAAGCCCAAAGGAAGAAAUGGCCUCGAAAAAUGAUUCCUAGAAAAAAAAAAGCGCGAAAAAAGAGUCAAAUUAAGUAAAUUAGCAGUAGGGCGCACUUGUCAUAAUCCUCGCGGCUAUUUUUUCAUAAGGCGAUUUUUUCAAACUCCGAUCUUUGUGGAAAGCUACUGUGAUUUUGAAGCAGCUCCAUAACAUUAUCAACCAGAAAAAAAAGAUUUUGAGCCACGAAAUUCCCAUUUUAGGACUAUACAAAUCUCUACACUUUCUUAUUGUUCUACAUCUUCUCUACAGUAAGCUUCAACCUCACAGUCAAUAUUUUUUCCUGGGCUCGAGUGUACAAUUUGAAGAAAAGCGCCAUGUCCAAAGGCGAUUUCAAUCUAUUCGUCAUGAGCUUCGUCAUCUUCAUUUUUCAGCUUUUUUGCGGCGUUUUUGCGGUCAGUUCGGAAUUUUAAAAAAUAGUCACUGACAUCUCAAAAAAAAAAUGAUCGUUAUAGAAAUAUAGUUUUCCAAAAUGAGUUCUGAGCAGCAGUAACAAGAUUUGAACAUUUUUUCUUGAGAAGGGGUUUCGACGCUCGAGAUUGAGUUUCUGGGUUAACCUGAGCAAUAAUGAGGAAUGACGAAAGAUUGACCAAAAACUAAACCGACCAAUACUGAGAUUUGAAACUUUUUUUUAAAGUUUUUAUAAAAUCGAGUUUCCGAUGUAACCUGAGCAAUAAGGAGAUGUUCUUCAUAUUCGAAAAGAAAAGACCGAAAAUGAGUUUCGAACUCCGUUUUUAAAAAAAAGGAUGAGCAAUUCUGAAACGAUUUCGUGGUCAAAUUCAAUAUAUUUGCUUAGAAAAUCUAGAAAAAAAUGUUGAACCUCGGUAAAAGUUGCAAUACAACAUUUUCGUGCUAACAUGAGAUAUAAUGAGUUGAAAUGAACUCAAUCAUCUUUUUAAAAAUAUAAAGCUCAAAUUUCGAAACAGGUAGCUAAUAUCAGCAAAACUUCGAAAUUAUGAGCUAAUAUGAGCAACACGGAUCAAUUUCCAGGCAAUCAACCGUUUCUACAUCACUGACGUCCAUAAAACCUCGUUUUGGUCCCAAUACGGAGCUCUUUUUAUUUCUUUCGGCUCCGACGCCUUGACCCAUUCAAGUCCUUGGGUACUGAUCGUUUUCAGCUCUAAGGUGGGCUAACAUGAACAACGUGAUCAUUUUGCCAAAAGCUUUCAGGCCCGAAUGUGUCUCCUGGAACUUUUUGGUUUCCGGAAGAAGAAAAUGAUCUUCACCAGCAUCCGAUCGAAGGCCUCCACUGUGAGCCCGUAACUUCUGUGUAGUGGUCCCAUGAAUGGUAUUUAUUGCUCAUGUUACUGAUUUUCUAUGGAAUAAAGGAGUUUUUCGGAGCUGAGGUCAAAUUCCAUAGUUUAGAAGUCGUUCUCAAAUCCCUUGAGAUCGGUUCUCUAGUUCUGGAGGUCACUAGAUCGACUCCUGGCCAGGUUUUGCCAUUUUUAUUGACUCUGGAAGAUUUUUUGAAAAAUGCAGGAGUUGCAAUAG